CACAUCAUGUUCAGCCUGUCAUGGUUCAGGUUUUAUUGUAAUGGAGAGACAAAUGAAACAGGGAGGAGAGUCUGGCUUCAGUGAGGCAUUUCAGGAAGAUAAAACUGUGAAAAAAACAGCCUCCUCCGUACUUUCCACAGUAAGCAGUCCCUUGAGACGGCAGGCUACAACACGCUCUCAACGGACAACAGAGGUUUCCAGUCAACACUCCACAUUGUUCGUGAUGUGACUGACCAGAGAAGAUAAACUCAUUUAAACCAGAGAGGAGAGACACUCGACUGGAUUUAUCAUGUCAGUCAAGCUGUCUAAGAGGCUGAGCAGCAAAAAGAAAAAACCAGAACCUCCAAAAGACAAUGCCCAAACAGAGGUCCUACAUAAGCUGGGUCUGGAUGCCUUCCGGACUGUUCCAUUGGACCCAGCGUCUAUGUUGGGCAUCAGCACUUGGACUCUGGAGAACCAAGCCCCUCUAGAGCCAAAUGAUCUACCACUUGCUUUCCUCCAACGUCUUUGGUUGCUUAGCCCAGACACCAGAAGUCCUUGCUGCCAACCUCUGGAUGAUGCUCUGAACAACAGCACCCAUUCACCCGAGGAGACAAUCAGUGGUUUUGGAGAAGACAGCCACAGUGCCAUCAACCCCCUUGAUCUAGUUACAGCUGUCUUUAUGUUUGCCAACACUUUCCUUCAGCAGGAGAUGGCUGUGCGCAUGUUGCAAUGCCAGUUUGCUGUGCCCCUGGUCCUUCCAAACAUGGAUCCAGAAGAAUCUAGUCGCUUCCUUCUUUGGCCUUUGAGAGGUGCUGUGAGCCAGUGGAGGUCUCACUUUCCAGAUAAUGACAAGAAGAUCCAUGAGGGGGAUUUGGCAAGUACAUACAUGCCAGUUGUUUCAUGUGUGAAGCUUGGUCACAUCGGUGUCUCUAAGUCACAGGUGCUAAAUAAUGUUAUAAGUGGACUUAGAUCUUCCAGUGACACAUUUCUCCACAGGGGAAUGGAUGGAGGACAACUGCCCCAUAGGCUCUCUAAUGGCCUGGUAGAGAUUGGAUGGUAUCUACCCACUGGAGACACUGCCAGUGAUGUUUUUCCUGUCCCUAUGGUCAUCUCUAAUCUAAGAGGGGAUGCUAGUGCACAUGAGAAGUACCUCAGCCUCCUGUGUCAAGCAUCUUCAGCUGUGGUUGUUUUCUGUGGGAAUCUUAGGGAGAAAGACAAACAACUUCUUGCUUACUGCAAUGACAUGGCAAACAAGCUCAUACUGAUUGACCUAUCAGAUAAUGAGAACAAUGAGAACAGAGUUGUGGGAUUUGUUGAUCAGAACCUUCAAGAAUACAUGGGGCUUCCUGGACAAAUAGUGCUGCAAGGGCAAGAUCUGAGUGAGGAGGAACUGGCUAAUAGGCUGCGUGACACUCUGAAAGAUCUUUUACCAAAUGAGCUACAACCUGUUACACUUGAGGCAGCAGCAAAAUUAGCAGAGAAGCUAGGAUUUAAUGUAGAUGAAGGACCAGUCUGUAAAAGGGCAAUGGCAACAGUGGAGGAAGUAUUGAGAGGUUUAGAUGAGGGAUCUGCUCAAUUUAAGGAGAAACAGCUUCCUUUACAGGGUCUUUUGUGGAGCAAACUUGCUGAGGUAGAAAAGAAGGAGAGUCGACAGGAAAAAGAAGGUAAAAAAAGGGAUCCCCAACUGAAAAAAGAAAAGAAAGACAUCUUGGCAGAGUUGAGAAGCUACAAAAUGACCCCAGCAAUGAAGACUUUUACCAAUGCUCUUUCUACAACAGAUAAAGUGGAGAGGGCUUAUUUUCUCACUUGGAUGAAGCUAAUGCUCCGGCUGAAACAAACUGAUAAAACAAACAGCCCACAAGAUCUAUUCACAAACCUGCAAACAGAAAUGAAAAAUAACAUGUCAGAACAUUGUCAUGAGCUACAAAAUGGAGUCAGUCACACUCUAAGGGACAGUCAUAGUUCAACAUUCGAAAAAAAAACAGCUGAAAAGCAGGACGUUUCUGAGCAACAUUCUGAGAAAGGCCAAGAAUCAGAGCAUAUUCUGCAGGUGUCUACAGAAAAUGGAGCCAGUAACACUCUAGGAGACAGUGAUAGUUUCUGCACAGAUUCAAUAUUUGAAGAAGACACAACUGAAGAGGAGGAACUUUCUGAGCAACAUUUUGAGGGGAGGAGAGGCCAAGAUUUAGAUCAUACUCUGCAGGAGUCAGCUCCAGUCUUUGAGGACCAAAACCAUCAUUUGGAGUUUGAAGAGGAUGAAACCUCUAGCUGCCAGUCCAAACAGCUAGAUGAACCAGUGCUGACACCAGCUAAGUCAGAUUUGACUUCUUCUGCCCACAAACAAAUAUGUCUAGAUGUCAAUGAACCAGUGCUGACACCAGCUAAGACAGAUCUGACUUCCUCUGCCCACAAACAAAUAUGUCUAGAUGUCGAUGAACGAGCGCUGACACCAGUUGAGUCAGAUUUGACUUCUCCUGCCCAACAACAAAUGUGUCUAGAUGUAGAUGAACGAGCGCUGACACCAGUUGAAUCAGAUCUGACUUCUUCUGCCCAACAACAAAUAUGUCUAGAUGUAGAUGAACCAGUGUUGACACCAGCUAAGUCAGAUUUGACUUCUUGUGCCCAGCAAAUGUGUCUAGAUGUUUCCUUUGAACAUCCGGAGGUCUCAUGUUCAAAGCCUUUUGAACCUGAUUCAUCCUCACUGGGACUUGAGCACUUUUUGCGAGAGAUGGGCUUAAUUUUUGAGCUAACCCACAUCAGCCCCGGGAGUGGAAACCACAAUGUGUUGCGUCUGCCUGGCUUAGCUACAGACCUUCUUUUACAUGGAAUUCCACUUGAACUAAUGGAUGGAGAUGCCUCAAACAUACCCAUGUGCUGGUUGGGCUGUGUCUUUGCAGAGCUCAACCGCUGCCUACCUCAAGAACAGCGCAGGAUCCGGGUGCUGACAAACCUUGGAGAACAUCACAGUAGGAACAGUGAGCUUUUUUCUGCUUUAUUUGGGGUUAAAUUUCCUGAGGGAAGGAAAAGAGCCACCAGAGGAGUAUACAUGGUCCCCCUGUCUCUCCCUGAUAACCUCAGAAAAGACAUGGCGUGUGAUUUUCUGCUGUUAAUUGAUGUAGAAGGUCUCUGCGCAGUGUCUCAAGACAACAAAAGAAAUAUGCUGAUUCAUGACAGCGCGAUGGCCACUGUUGCAACAGGACUGAGUGAUGUUUUAAUGCUGAACAUCUCUUCACAUACCGGCGCUGAGUUUGAAACCCAUCUCGCUGUCAUAGCCAGUGCUCUUCUUCGCAUCAAAGAAUGUGGCUCCAUGCCCAUUUGCCAACUCGUGGCCCAGGAUGAAGGAAUAAACAGCUUAUUACAAGCUGCACAGUUACAGCGUGUAUCUGAUAUGCUUCAGGACAAGACUAGGGACAGAGGAACCAACAAUGCUGAUAACCAUUAUGCAAAGGCCACAACCUGCAUCCCAUGUGUCAAAGGGCCUUGGAACAACAUGUCCCUCUCUGAACCAGUUGAUAACCAAUAUAGUAAGGCUCUGUUAAAGCUCAAGCAAAAUCUGUUUGGGGCAUUAAAGCAGUGUCCAGCUAACUCUAAAGCCACAUGUCUGCCUGAAUUUAUGAGCCGUUUGUCUGCUGUUUGGGAUGCAGUGAAAGCAGAAUCAUUCUCCAUUGGUCUGCAAAAUACCGACAUAGCUUCAGCAUUCUCUUUAUUGUGCACAGAGCUUUCCCAUUGGGAGCAUAGAUUCCUGGAACACACUGAAAGCUGGUUUAAGGAAGCAGCAAAGAAAAUCUCUGCUACAAAGGCAAAAACUUCAGAUGCUACGAACCAAAAUGGUGUUCUGAGCGAGCUGAGGAAUGAAGCCAGAAAGGAAGUCAAAACAGAAGUGGACACACUCAGGUCAAAAGUAGAGACCUAUCUGACGAAAUACAACCUCCUCAAAAGGAACACAUUCAGUCCAAUCCUAAUGAGCUAUAUGGAUGACCUCCAGGAGCGAGUAACUGAAGAGAUUAUACAAAGGUUAGGGACAUUCAGCGAGAGCCACUGUUAUUCAACACAGUUGGAAAAAUUUGACACCUUAAUGAAAAAGGAACAGGAAUCCCAGUUACGGGCACUGAUAGAAAACAGCAAGCUAACCAAAGUGUUCGUUCAAGAUACAGAACUAGAAGAAGUGUUUGAGAGUAUGUGGAGUAAGCUGUUGUUGAACUUUGACUUCAGGCCUUCAGAAAAAGAUGAUAUCACUCCAAGAGUGAUCCGUAUACUGAUGAAGAAUCUAAUGAGCCGUGGUCUCAAGAAACACAUGAAAAAACUUAAUGUCAUUGGUCAAAACCAGAGAUCUAGCUUCCAAGUUUAUGAUGAGCACUUUGGAUACCGCAGCAGAUUAAAGGGCAUGUUUGAAGACAACAACAGACUGCAGAUGGUAGAAGCUCAGCGGCUAGCAUGCAAUAUCAUACAAGAAUACCAUCAGUUUGUGGAAGAUAAAUGUAGCUUACCUGCAGAUUUCUCUGACAGCUAUAUUACAGAACUGUUAGAAAAUGUUGAAACAGCUCUGAAACAAAAACCAGUGGACAUCAGAUCAGCUUAUGAAGCGGAUCUGAAAGUUUACCUCUGUGACGCUGCAUGCGAAGACUUCCAAAAACUACAUGACAGCUUUGUCAAAGACAGCCAGCUUUUGGCAUGUAUUACUGCAAAAAAGAAUACGUAUGAGGCAGAGUUCUUCUACCAGUUCAGGAAGAGAGACCAGUGCCAAAGGAUGGCUCAAGCAUUUACCUCCAUGGUCAUCAAACCUACAGUGUUGGACUACAUCUACAGACCACUGGGGUUACGUAUUGUAGAAGAGAUCCAGGGUAAAGCUCAGCAGUACCGGUCCCCACAGGCCUUCCACCAAAGCCUGCUGGAAGAUCUGAUAAAGGAGGACCGCUUUGAAGGCUUCCUGGAAUAUUUGCUUUCCUAUGACAUCUUCAGAAUGAAGAAGGUCCAGGAGAAAGUGAUGGCUCAUCUCUCUGAAUCAACCAGCUUGGAGGAAUGGAAGCAACAGCGACUUGGACAAAUCGUAGGAAAGGUUGCAGCAGCAGUGAGCCAAACUGCAGAAGGUACCAAUGGAGUGCUGAGUGAUACAAAGCCACUGCUGGAGAGAGUGUGCCUCAAUUUAGAGAAAGAUGGAGAUGUGGAUGUCCCCAGGGCCUUUCUUGAUGGACCGGUCUUCAGUAUCACCACAGAAUGGGAUCGCUUUGUCACAUGUGAAAUGGAGGUACUGGCUGCAAUGCGUUUGGACCUAGCCCAGGAGUUCACCCAAAAAGUGGAGAUCACCCAAUUUCUUCAGUGCCUUCCCACACAACCCCAAGACUCCAUCUUCAACAGGGUGAGAGGGUGUGACCAGCGAUGUCCUCUCUGCAGAGCCCCCUGUGACUUAGCAGAGAUAGGGCAUGAGGUUCACCAGGCAAUGUUCCACAGGCCCAAAGGCAUUUUGUGCUAUGACCCAGUUUCUCUGUCCUGCAUCGGCUGCCCCGAAAGCACGACUCAAGACCAGAGUGAAGACACGUACAACAUGUCCGUGGCAUGCAGUAGCCUCCACUCCCUCUACCCAGACUGGAGCAUCUCCCCUGAGGACCCAAACAGCCAGCUGGCCAAUACUUACUGGAGGUAUGUGUUGGCAAGGUUCAAUGAGAUGUUCGCAAACACAUAUGACCAGGAGCCAGGAGAGAUUCCUGAGGAGUGGAAGAAGAUCACUGCGGAAGAUGCACUGUGCAGUCUGAAGGAGGCCUUCCUCACUGGACAGUGCUGAUAAAAGGACUGCGUUGUGCUGUAUGCUAGCUUUAUCAGAAAUGAGACAAUUUACUGAUAAAGUUCAGGCUCUGUUUUAUCCUGGUUAUAAGAUAAGGAUGGUGAUGAUAAUGGCAAUACUAGACAGAAAGUUAAUCAAAGGGACUGUCCAUUCCAAACACAGAUAAUGAUAUAGUGAUUUGUUUUUAAGUUUAAGUUUAAGAUUAUUUCCUUAUUUAUUUAUUUUUGGUUUUGCCUUUUCUUUUUAUCACUUCCUUAAUAUGAUAAUGAUGUUCUGUAAAUUGUACUUUUAAAUAUAUAAAGAAACCGCUGAUUCCUUAUGGUCUGAUAAUACAAUCUAUAAAGUUGUAACUAAUCAUGCAUUCAGAACCACCCAGUGACAAAACCCAUGAUAUCAUUUUUUUAUACCUUUUAAGCUUUGUCAUUUAAAAAGGAAUAUGAAUGUAUAGGAUUUAGUGAAGGACAACAUUGUAAAAUACUUCAGUUAAUACAUCAAGAAAUGUUUUUGUAUUGUUUUUUUUAUCAUACCUUCAGCAGUGAUUUACAGUAUUUACUUAAUCUGUGUUUUAAAAUGACUAACCAUAUGUAUAUCCAUAACUAUUAGCCUUUUGUUUAUAGGCAGCCAUACCAGUUAUAAUAACCCAUUUUAACGACAAAUAUGUUACAAUAUUUUUGUGAAACAUACAUGAUUUUAAAAUAAUUAAAUAUAAGUAUUAAAAUAAAAAAAGAAGGUGCCUUGUAA